GUAAUUAAAAUGCAAGGAAAUUAAAAUGAUGAGUUUUAUUUGAGAUAUUAGUAAGUUUAUAAAAUGUAUGAGUAGUGUUGGACAUAAAGGGAUUUAUGGACAUGAAUUCUUAGAAUUUGAGUUUCGGAAUGAUGGAAGACUACGUUAUGCAAAUAAUUCAAAUUAUAAAUAAGAUGUUUUAAUUAGAAAGGAAUGUUUUGUAUCUGAGUCAGUGAUUUCUGAAUUCAAGAGAAUUAUAGAAGAAUCAGAAAUAAUAAAGUAUGAAUUUGAAUAUAAUGAAAGAGAAAAUGAUUCUAAAUGGCCUGCACCUGAUAAAAUAGGAAGAUAAGAAUUAGAAAUAAAAUUAGGAAAUGCUCAUAUUUCAUUUACAACAUCAAAAUUAGGAUCAAUUCAUGAUGUAUAAAACAGUUAAGACCCAGAUGGUUUGAGAGUUUUCUUCUAUUUGAUAUAGGAUUUGAAAUGUUUUGUAUUUUCAUUAAUAGGACUUCAUUUUAGAGUAAGCAUCUAUUAAAUUAUGAUAGAUAAAACCUGUGAAUUGAAUGAUUAUUAUGCG